AUGGACACUACGACGAAGUUGCAGAAGUUGCAGGACCUCCACACUAAGCUCUUACAGCGUCAGGCAGAGGACCAGGAGUGCUUUCAACUUAUCUGGCUGUUCAUAGAUAAGCUGCUUGACGGCGAUGUCCGCGCAGGUCUUCUUAGUGAAGAGAAAUACAAGGAGCUUUGUAUGAAUAUUCGACUAUCGGCCCUGCGCGAGGCAGACAUGCCUACGGACGACCUGCCGGACGUGUAA